AUGGGAAAUACUGAAGAGGAAUUGGUAGAAGAAUGGGUUCAAGAUUCACAAAAUGGAUCUCAAGUCCCGCUGGAUCACUUAGUAAGUUUUAUAAAUUCACUGAUUUUAUCUGCUUGGCUUCGCAGGUUUCUCUCUAUGGAUACGCAUUAUUGGGCCUUGAAGACUCUGACGAAACUGUUAGAUUUCGUAAAAUCGAACCGAGCCAUGAAGAAACUGAUCAGAAAGUUAAAGAAAGAGAGUACGAAGAGCCAAAAAGGAGAGUUAGGUCAUCGAAAACGGGCGGUCUGUACCGAAAUGGAUCGAACGAUGGACCGACGCGAUCGAGACGACAAUCACUCAAACUACUAUAUAGCUGAAGGGUGA